AUGUACACAAUCAUGUCUAUCGACGAUGAUCUCGAUGAAUUGUCAUCAAAACUCGGCAAGCUUUUUUCGGCGCAUCCGUACUGCAAUGAAAAGAACUUCAUCAAAGAACGGUUGGACGAUUUAACAGAAUUUGGUGGUCGUCAUCCAUCAUCGGCUGAUUUAUUUCGUACAAUAACACCUUCUUCUCGAGAUAGUGGAAUUCCUAUUCGAUCAACAUCAACAUCAUCGUGUGCGUCACCUGUCAUCGAAACAAGAGAACGUUCACCGGAACGUAUCUUUGGAUAUUUUCUUCGACCUUCAACUAAAUCAACUCGACCGAUGUCUUGUACCUACGAUUCGACCAUAUAUCGUCAUCGUCAACCGUCUCCUCGGCGUAAUGUUCAUUGGAAUGAGCAAUCGCUGAAUUCUUCCAAAGACGACCUGGAUCAAAUGCAUUCUCACGUGGAAAAGACCGGUCGACAUGUUAUAUUAAAUGCCAGCUUACCAUUCUACUCCCGAUUGAACAUUCGUGUUCGCACGCGUCGCGAGGACAACAACGAAAAUGACCAUGUGACAGCAACUGCUAAAAUCGAACGAAUAGAUCCACAUCAUGAUCAAGAACAUCUGAAUUCAUUGCGUGACGCUCGUUUUAAUCACUAUUCAACAUUGUCCUUGAAUACAAAUCAGCACAUGGAUUCAUCGAUUCAAUGCAAUCGUUUACCGCCACAUCGUCAAAUUUCCUUACCUAUCGCCUUACCCAUUAAUCAACAACUUCUUUUAUAUAUUCGUAAUGGAGAGGUCUAUGCACGAUGUUAA